GUUCGUUCAGGGAGGCACGCAUCACCAUAGUGUUUGACUUGGUCAAAGCGAUAUAAAAUCUCGCGAAAAUUUUAGAAGUUCACUGACAAUAUUUGUAAAAAUGCGUGAAAUUGUGCACAUCCAAGCUGGUCAGUGUGGAAACCAAAUUGGCGCUAAGUUUUGGGAAGUAAUUUCUGAUGAGCAUGGUGUUGACCCAACUGGUACCUACCAUGGUGAUUCAGACUUACAGCUGGAAAGGAUCAAUGUAUACUACAAUGAAGCCACUGGUGGAAAAUAUGUGCCUCGUGCUAUUCUAGUGGAUUUGGAGCCUGGAACCAUGGAUUCGGUUAGAUCUGGACCAUUCGGCCAAAUUUUCCGACCUGAUAAUUUUGUUUUUGGUCAAAGUGGUGCUGGUAACAACUGGGCUAAAGGUCACUACACAGAAGGUGCUGAGUUAGUUGAUUCAGUCCUUGAUGUUGUCCGCAAGGAGGCAGAAAGCUGUGACUGUCUGCAGGGAUUCCAACUUACACACUCCCUUGGUGGUGGUACUGGUUCUGGUAUGGGCACUCUUCUCAUAAGCAAGAUCCGUGAAGAAUACCCAGAUCGCAUCAUGAACACAUUCAGUGUUGUACCAUCACCAAAAGUAUCGGACACUGUUGUUGAACCAUACAAUGCCACCCUUUCCAUUCACCAGUUGGUUGAAAAUACAGAUGAAACCUAUUGCAUUGACAAUGAAGCCCUCUAUGACAUUUGUUUCCGGACCUUGAAACUUACAACUCCUACUUAUGGUGACUUGAACCAUUUGGUAUCUGCAACUAUGAGUGGCGUUACUACUUGUCUGCGAUUCCCUGGUCAGUUGAACGCUGAUCUUCGUAAAUUGGCUGUCAACAUGGUACCAUUCCCACGUCUCCACUUCUUUAUGCCUGGUUUUGCUCCAUUGACCAGCCGUGGUAGCCAACAAUAUCGUUCCCUUACUGUGCCUGAAUUAACCCAACAAAUGUUUGAUGCCAAGAACAUGAUGGCCGCCUGUGAUCCACGUCAUGGUCGUUAUCUGACAGUGGCUGCAAUCUUCCGUGGUCGUAUGUCUAUGAAAGAAGUUGAUGAACAGAUGUUGAAUGUCCAGAACAAAAACAGCAGCUACUUCGUUGAGUGGAUUCCCAACAACGUGAAGACUGCUGUUUGUGAUAUUCCACCCCGUGGUCUUAAGAUGUCCGCUACCUUCAUUGGUAACAGCACUGCCAUCCAAGAGCUUUUCAAGCGUAUCUCUGAACAGUUUACUGCUAUGUUCCGUCGUAAAGCUUUCUUGCAUUGGUACACUGGUGAAGGUAUGGAUGAGAUGGAAUUUACUGAAGCUGAGUCCAACAUGAAUGACUUGGUGUCUGAAUACCAACAGUACCAGGAUGCAACAGCUGAAGAGGAGGGUGAAUUUGACGAGGAGGAGGAAGGAGAAGAUGAGGCUGAAUGAGGCACUAUUUUGACCCGCAUAUAGUUUUGUGAAUCCCAAAUUUUUGUAACACAGAAAUAAAUGUGGAGCUAUUGGGCAUUAGAUUAUUUUAUUGCAUGUUAUGAAUGUUAGACUCUAAUCUUCAUGUUAUCUCUAAAUAUUAUUGCGAGUCUGGCAUAAAAAAUAUUCUCAAAGAGUCAAUAGCUGUCUCAAAAUCAUAUGAAACCUGUCAUAAUGAUUUAAACCUGUCAAAUAUAAGCAGAAAUAAAUUCUUUGGGAGGCUUGUGUUGCAAAACAGAGCAAUUAAUAAUCGAAUAGUAUUAUAUUACCUUUUUUAUUUUAUGCUAAAUCAGGUGACCUGGACCACACAAAAGUGCAGUCAUCGCGAAUGCAUUGAUUUUGUUUUUAAACUAGUACUAAUUAAUAAUAAUUUGAAUCGUUUUCAUUUCUAGUCUGAAUACAUGCUUCAAAGGAACUUUGUGUGGCACAACUUUAAAUUUAAGCAUGCAUAAUUUAGGGCCGGCCCUAAACUGAGAACUCAGUCACAGUACUCAACAUAGAAUAUAUACAUGUAUAAGGGGGAAAAAAAUAUAUUGAAUCCCGAAAAGUGUAAUUAUCCCAAAAUUAGUUUGCGACAGCCAUUGCCUCUUUAAUAACUGCAGCACCCAAACUACAAAGGUACUUCUUUUAACCAUUGAUGAUCGAUUAACAUCUGACAAAUAUUAAGUAAGCUUAAUGUUGUCAGUGUUCAAUGCAUGCUAUUGCACAAAGAUCACAAAAGCAAUAAAUAAAUAAAUAAAUAAAUAAAUAAAUAAAUAAAUAAAUAAAUAAAUAAAUAAAGUAAAAAAAAAUUGAA